AUGAUCAGUUCGUCGAACCCCUGGGUGCUCGCGGAACUACAACAAGCUCUGCAGCAAGCUCUUCCCGAGAGCGACGGGCUUUCCGAGGAGAACUCUGAGAAAAGUUGCGAUCGCCAGGAUUCUUCGGGCGAAGUGGUGGUUGUGAGAGUGGCUCUCCCGUCAGCUACGCAGAGGGAGCAGGAAGUUAUUGCCGUUGCUCGAGAACUCGAGCUCCACCACCAGCUGUCGGUCGCGGACGUCUCGAUGCUCGCGGAGCUUACGGGAGGUAGACGCGCGGGGCUCCUGGAUAUUCUCAAGAGAGUGAAACAAAGCUCUUCCGCAGUCACCAUCGCCGAGGCGUGCCGAGCCACGGUGGACGGCGAAGCCCUAGCCCUAGCGGCCACCUGGGGGCUACUCCCACGCGAUGCUGCGUCCGGAGCGGUGGGGGAAGCGGACAAGAGCCGAGAGGAAUGGUCACCCCUGUGGGAGGCGAUGGGGAUGCUGAGUGUUCCGUCCGUCGUAGUCGGCGUCAACGCGGCUGAGGGCUGGUUGGAGCUAUCCCCGGCGGCACCCCCCGGCUCCGGGACCAUUCUCGAAGACCUGGGGCCUCACAGCCCCUUGGCAGGAGCCGAGCACGACUCACCGUCAUCGCUGCCUCUGCACGAUGGCCUUCAUCGAAGCCCACCCUUAACCGUCCACGCGGCCAUCGUCCCACUGGAAUCCCUGUCUCGCGGGGUUGACCGGAGCUUUGUCGGGGUGCCGCCCCUGCGGCUCGCGGCCUACCGCCGGCUGUUCGACCGCCGUUCGUCGACGGCGCUACCCGAAACCAGCCCGGGGGCAGCAAAAGACGCAGGGCACCGGAGGAGUGAAGGGGCAGCGGUGUACGUGGGGAUAGGGGAUGAUGGGGGUGGUCUACAACAUGUCGGAGAAGGCAGCAAUGGCACGAGCGAUAGCCGAGCAGGAUCGAGGCCGGCCUUCGGGGGCGAUUUUGUGGGAGGAGGAGGGAUUGGGGCGGCCGUGCAGGGGGAGAGCACCGGGGAUUGGAACGGGGUGGGACUGCAGCGCGCGGGGGGUAAUAAAGAGCUAGAGCGGGCGGGCUGUCUCAUCGAGGCAGGGGUUCUGGGUAGACAGCACAGCCGGGAGGAGGCCAAGCUCUCGGAAGACCGCGGGGCCUUGUCUACGAAUUGGGCCGAGCUCGGCACGGUGCGGGGUGAUCUCGAGAAGGAGGGAAAAAACGACGACACUUCGGACGGAGAGUGGGCCGAGGUGCAGCUGGAGCUCAUCCGUCAGGAGAGGGCUGUCGUAGCAAGGGCUAACGAGAUGCGAGCGAGGCGCGCGAGACUGGACACCCUAAGGCGCGACAUCAUUGACCUGGAGAAACACGCCCGACUAACACGACCAUUGCCCCCAGGAAAUUCUCGAGAGCAUCGCCAACACCAAGACAAGUUCCUUGUGCCGCCACAGCCGGUCCCACAAGAAGCAGAGUCGGUCGCUCUUAUGCCUUCUGGUUGCCGGGCCGGGGUGGGCGACGAGGAGCCGUCGUGGGCAGCAGAAUUUGUUGAGGAAGAGGUUAUCCGGGAUGCGGAAACGGGUGUCCGCUUGAUGCCUCUUCUUCCGACGAAAAGGGAUAGGGAACAGGACGGCAGUUACAGUAGUUUAAUGUCGGCAAGUGGUGCUGUUGGAAGCAGUGACGGUGGUGGUAGUGGUGAUGGUGGUGAUGGUCCGAAGAGACGGGGCUUGUAUGGGUUUGGGAAGUUGUGGAGAUGGAUACGUGGGUCCCGGUGA